CCGUCCUCUUAAAAACCCUCUCCCCACUACCCCUUUUCCCCUCAUUCCACUCUCUAAUUCCCUCUGUUUUCCUCUGUUUUCUCAUUAAUGGCUUCCGACCCAGUCGCUUCUGAGCUUUCUUCUGCCUUCGAAAGCCUGGUUUUCAUCAACAGAGACAUCUCUCCCAUCGCACCCCUUUUCUUGGGUUUCGCCUCCGUCAUCCGUUCAGCCGACCCUCAAUCCCCAAAUCCAGAAAUUCAAACAAUACCCACUUUGCCGAACCGAUUCAUCUUCUUUAAUCCCUUUCCCCCUCAAUUGAUGGUGAUCCAAGCCACUCCCAAGGAAGGCCAACCCCCUGCCUCUAAAGCCUCCAUCAAAGCCAUGCCCUCUCUCCCUGUCUCUGAACUUACUGAAUGUGUGAUUUGUUUAGAGGAGAUUGAAGCGGGUGACCUCGCCAAACAAAUGCCCUGUUCCCAUAAAUUCCAUGGCGAUUGCAUUGAGAAGUGGCUGGAGUUACAUGGGUCGUGCCCUAUUUGUAGAUAUCAGAUGCCAAUUGACGAUGAAGAUGAAGGAAAGAAGGUUGAUGAAGAAGGGUCAGAGAGGAGAGGAGAAAGGGAGAUUUGGGUGAGUUUCUCUUUUGAUAAUGUUACCAGAAAUGGGGAAUCUGUUCAAACCCCCCCUUCAACAUAUUCUGAUCAUUCUUUUGUACAGUGAAAUGCUUAUAAAUAUCAUUAUAAUUUUUUCAAUCC